UUGAUAUGUUUUUAUUGUAUGUAUAAUUAAGGAUAUGUAUUAAGAUGAGACUCAUUACCCUUUACAGCUAAUUAAUUAAACAUUUUCCCCACCGAACCACUCAUACCCCCUCAUGUGUCAAAUUUUAAGUACUACACGCACCUCCAGUCGUGCUCUGUACUCAAGCCUGCCAGAAGAAUGAACUGAAGACCACUCAAACACACGAGUUGGAAUAAUUCCUGGGUUGCAUAGGUUAAACAUUUUUCUUCUGGUUCUUUUGUUUUUACAAUGUUUGGAUCGACUUCGGCUCUUCUCUCUAGAAACAGAACAGCAAGCUAUUUCUCCAAAAAUGACACUGUUGUUGUUCCCGGAAACUCCACCAGUGCUCCUCUGUAUGAAUGGGAGUACUACUUGGAUUAUCUGGAUCCUGUUUUUGUGGAUGAGAGCCAGCUGAAAUACCAUAAAUACUCAAUUGUCAUAAUACUCUGGGUAUCUCUGGCUACUUUUGUGGGAUUUCUCUUUCUCAUUUUGAACCUAAUGUCUCUCAGUGUGGAGUUGCCAAAGAUAAACAAAUCUAAAAUCAAGCGUCACCACAAAACCUCAGCUGCUUCGCCACUGGCUGAUACUGGAGAUGGCUCCGAUGGCUGUUUGGAUCCUUGUUGAUUUGGACCCUUUUUGUCUUUUGCGCUGGGCUCUGGUCACCAAGGUGACGUGGGACAGGAACAGGUCUGCUGAAGAUGAUCCACUCAAGAGCUCAUGGAUGUACAAAGACAACAAAAACAGUCCUGGUUCUGCAAAGAAGAAAACAGCUUGUAAAACCCCAACUCAUUACAAAAGAGUAGCUUGCUUAAUCGAGUCAAAUUUUCUAACUACUGGUUUUGUUGCUGUGUUUGUAAUUUUUCUGCUUGUUUGCUUUAUAAAAAACAGGUCUAUCUUGUAAAUGAGAUCUUGGAUCUCAAUGUGACAAAGGUAAAAAAUAUAUACAUAUGUACCGAUUUUUGUCUUUUAGAGCAGGAAAAUUCGCUUAGCUUCUGUUGUAUCUGUUGAGGUCCAUUUUACAUGCCGUUGUGUAACAGUUUGAAUCAAUGAAACUUAAACUGAAAGUAAAUCAAUAAAUACCUGUACUAUAUAUGAAAAAUUCUUGAGCCAUUUCGUGAAAGAUCAACACACAACUUAUUUCCCUGAAUUGCAUUUUCUUUUGUCUUUCACACAUUGAAGGCAGGCAAAAUAUUUACCGUACUGUUCAUUUUUAAGCAGCUAAUAAACACUAGGUAUAUGUGAUGAUAAGUUGCUGCAAAAAAA